AUGCACAUUAAGGAGGUCAACAUAACGGGAUUCCGUAGUUAUCGUGAAGUUACGAGUAUCGACAGCUUCUCGCCCAAGCACAACGUCAUAGUUGGACGCAAUGGCAGUGGAAAAUCCAAUUUCUUCUUCGCCAUUCAAUUCGUGCUGAGCGAUGAGUUCAGUCACCUUCGUUCGGAGCAAAGAAUGGGAGUGUUGCACGAAGGUACUGGACCUCGUAUCAAUACGGCUCGUGUCGAAAUAGUAUUUGACAACAGUGAUCGAAGGAUACCCGCUAUCGAGGGAACUGAGGUUCGAGUGGUACGGCAGGUUGGUCAAAAGAAAGAUCAGUACUAUAUUGAUGGGAAGAUGGUACCUCGAGCAGAGGUUGUCAAUCUCAUGGAGUCUGCUGGAUUUUCACGAUCUAAUCCAUAUUAUAUCGUCAAACAAGGAAAAAUAAACGAAUUGGCUACCGCUCCGGAUUCUCACAGGUUGAAAUUGCUGCGCGAGGUCGCCGGCACUCGAGUGUAUGAUGAGCGAAAGGAAGAGAGUCUUAAAAUUCUGAAGGAGACAAAUAACAAAACAACAAAAAUCGAGACGCUGUUGUCGUAUAUCGAUGAACGCUUGAAAACACUAGAAGAAGAAAAGGAAGACUUGAAGGAGUACCAGAAAUGGGAUAAAAUGAAGAGAUCGAUUGAAUACACAAUCUAUGAUACCGAAGCUAACGAGACAAGAAAAAAGUUGGAAAGGUUACUUGACCAAAGAGAGGAGCUCAGUACUCGUCAAACUAAGGUCAGUAGUGAGUUGGUAGAAGUUCAAGCUCGAGGUGUCAAGGCUGGAGCGGAACAACGAAAAUUGGAGUCUCGUUUCAAAGGAAUGAAGGAGGAGAAGGAAGCACUCGUUGUUGAGCAAGCACAGCGCUUUGAGAAGAAGGCAGAGUUGGAGUUGCUGAUAAACGAUCUGAAGGAGGACGUUGAGAAGGAAAAGAGUGGUCGUAAUAAGGCGGAAGAUGUGCUCAAUCAAGUUAAAGUCGAAAUCCGAGAAAAGGAAGAAGAGCUGGAGCGAAUCACUCCUAAAUACCAGGAACUCGUUGAGAAAGAGGCAGCUUUGUCCUCCGAUAUCCGUAUCGCGGAAAUGAAAUCGAAAGAGUUGUUCGCGAAGCAGGGUCAUAAAGACCAGUUCAAGUCUGCGGAGGAGCGUGACACCUUCCUCCGUCGGGAAGUACGGCACAUGACUCGUCAGAUUGACGACACUGAAGAGCAAAUGAAAGAUAUCGAGAAAAGCUUGGAAGAAGAGACGCAUGAGGAAGAACAGUUGACAACCCAUGUCCAGGAACUUGGCGUAGAGCUCCACGAGAAUCUUAUUCGAAUGGAUAAAGCCAGCUCUGAACACGGUCGUCUGAAACAAGAGUUCGACAAAGCUAUGGUUGCUCAAUUCAAAAGUAGCAAAAUGUGCAGUCUGUUCAAUGGUGUAGAGGGGGUACGAAGAAUAGUGCAGUGGUUCCGCGACAACAACACCGACGGACGCCAUGAUGAUGUUGUCAAAGGAUACCACGGUGGUACUGCUAUUGUUCGUGAUCUCCAUCUUGGUGCUCGUUUCGCGAGAAGUGAAGGGCUGCUAACGAUACUGCGAGUUGUACACAAGCAACAGCAUCGUAAUCUCACUGAAAAGAAGCGGUACGCCAGCGAGCAACUGCAUGCGAUGGGGCGAAACCGUGAGCCUAAGAAAGCUCAGCUACUAAAUCUGCGAAAUCGAGUACGCGAACUGCGUGCACAGUUGGAAGGCUACGAAAGUCAAAUUGGAUCUGAAUUUCUGUCCCAGAUCAGCAAAUCGGAGCAGUUGGAGUGCGAACGAUUACAGCGGGAAAUUCUCGAGAAAAAGCAACAGCUUGACCAAGUGGCGAAAGAGCGAAGCACACUUGAGACGACGAAACAGCGCCUUGAGAAUCAGCUCAGAACGAAUCUUCUUCGUAAGAGGGACAGCCUUACUGCGAAAAUUAGUGACAUCACAGUUGAUGAGAAGAGGCACAAUUUACAAGCAGAAUCUGCAGAACUGAAUUCAGUUAUUCAAAGGUUGAAUGAAAUUGUUCGCCGUAUUGCUGAACUAGAUGAGCAUCUGAUGGAAUACGAAGAAAGCGCAGAGAAGUUGAAUAGAGAGUUGGAGGACGUGCAGGAAACAACGAGAAGAGACUUGAAGCGCAAUUGGCACUUCUCUAGCAAAAGCGGAUCUAAUAUAACAAAGCAGAGUACGCUGCAAAGUAAAACGAGAGGAAAAUGUGAAAAAGGUCCGUUUAAUUUCGCUUAUCUUGCUAGAUUCUGUGAACUUGGCUUCAGUACCAACGGAUGCUUUUCGAAAUAUCAAGGAAUGAGCACAAAGCAGUUGGACAAGAAAUUAGCUGAAUGUAUGCAUGAGCUGAAGAAAUACGAAAAUGUUAACAAGAAGGCUCUUGACCAAUUCGUGCAGGCCGCCUCUCAAAAAGAAGAGCUCACUAAACGAAUGGAAGAGCAGCAAAAGAGCCAGAAGGCGAUUGAGGACCUAUUGCAAGUACUGGAUACGAGGAAAUUUGAAGCCAUACAGUUGACCUUCAAACAAGUGUCAAAGAAUUUUGUUGAAGUUUUUCAAAAGCUUGUUCCGAACGGCUCUGGAUCGUUGGUUAUUCAAACGAGCAAAGAUGACGGCAUUGAUGCCUCUCAGCACGGAGACAGCCAACCACGCCAUAUAGUGGAGAAUUUUGUUGGGGUUGGAAUAAAGGUGUCGUUUGACGGUGGUUCUGAAACACGUGAAAUGGUGCAGUUAUCAGGCGGACAAAAGUCAUUGGUAGCGCUAGCGCUAAUUUUUGCAAUCCAAAAAUGCGACCCGGCACCAUUUUAUUUAUUUGAUGAGAUUGAUGCAGCUCUGGAUGCCCAGCAUAGGAAAGCGGUUGCAGAUAUGAUUCAUGAGUUAUCGGAAAAUGCACAAUUCAUCACCACAACCUUCCGACCGGAACUGCUCGAAUCUGCUGAGAAGUACUAUGGAGUGAAAUUCAGGAACAAGGUGACUUUAACUGACUAG